UGCGGUUUUUCAAGUGGCAAUAUUUAGAUCUCUGCCUGAGGCAAGAUUGCCUGUUGAGGCAUAAUGGCUCGAUAUGCACAGGUACAGGGUUCUGUUGCAUUGAUCACAUUGACGAAUCCACCCGUAAAUGCACUUAGUGCUGCCGUACGCCUUGGCAUCACAGAAGCGGUGACAAGAGCCCUCCGUGACCCCAAGGUGAAAUCUGUGGUCAUUUGUGGAGAAAAUGGUGUUUUCUGUGGCGGGGCAGACAUCCGUGAAUUUGCCAAGCCAAUGACUGGCCCUCCUUUGGUUCCCAUGAUCUCUGCCAUUGAGGAAGGAGACAAGCCUGUGGUAGCAGCAAUUGAAGGAAUGGCGUUUGGUGGCGGUCUGGAGCUGGCCCUUGGCUGCCACUACCGUAUUGCUCAUUCAAAGGCACGUGUGGGACUUCCUGAAGUCACCCUGGGUCUUCUCCCUGCUGCUGGGGGCACACAGCGUCUGCCUAGACUCAUCGGGUUAGCUCCUGCCCUAGAGCUCAUCACCACCGGGCGUCAUGUGACUGCUCAGGAGGCGUUGAAACAUGGUAUCGUGGACAAAGUGACUGACCAAAGUGCUCAGGACCUGGCUAUACAGUUUGCCCAGGAAGUUGUAGGCCAGCCCCUGCUGCCCCGCAAGCUGAGCACACAGCUGACUCCGUGCCCUCCAGAUGUUGAUACCAUCCUGGACGAGGCCAUGGCCAGAGUGAAGCAGCGGGCGAGGGGCGCCAUGGCACCAGUCGCCUGUGUCCAGGCUGUGAGGGCAGCUGUCAACUUACCCUACCAGGCUGGCAUGCAGAAGGAGCAGGAGCUGAUGGCCUUCCUGUUCCGUUCCAGCCAGGCCCGUGCCCUGCAGUACUGCUUCUUUGCCCAGAGGGCUGUUGGAAAAUGGAGUCUUUCCAGCGGGGCUCACAGUGGCAACAGCAAGCCAAGGCCUGUGACCAAGGCAGCCGUCAUUGGCCUUGGCACCAUGGGAAGGGGCAUCACUGUGGCUCUUGUGAAGGCUGGGCUCUCCGUUGUAGCGGUGGAGACGAACAAGAAGCAAUUGGAAAUGGGGAAACAAAUGGUGUCAGCAAUGCUCAAGCACGACGCUCAGAAAAUGAACGCCGUUCCGCGCCUUGACCUUCUUCAUUACACGACAGACUUGAGCGAGCUGAAGAACACUGACCUGAUCAUCGAGGCUGUGUUCGAAGACAUGGCCCUCAAAAAGGAGGUUUUCAAGAAGCUUUCAUCUGUGUGCAAACCCGAUGCCGUCCUCUGCACCAACACCUCUGGCUUGGAUGUGGACGAGCUGGCCAGUGUGACAAAGAGGCCGGAGCUGGUGGUGGGCAUGCACUUCUUUGCCCCGGCGCACGUGAUGAAGCUCCUCGAGGUCGUCCGCGGAAGCCGCUCGUCCCCCGAGGUCAUGGCCACUGCCAUGCAUCUGGGCAAGAGGCUCGGGAAGGUCAGCGUUGUGGUGGGCAACUGUUCUGGCUUUGUGGGCAACCGCAUGCUGAGGCCCUAUCUGGACCAGGCCAACUUCCUGCUGGAGGAAGGGGCCACGCCUGAGCUGGUAGAUGGGGCCCUGGAGGAAUUUGGCUUCCCCAUGGGGGUUUUCAAAGUGUCCGACCUCUCCGGGCUCGACGUCGGCUGGAGGAUUCGGAAGGAGGCCGGGCUGACCGGGCCGAACGUCGACCCAAAAGAUCCCUCGCGGAGACGGCAGGGUCACCGAUACAGCCCUCUGCCUGACCUGGUCUGCGAGCAGGGCCGCCUGGGGCAGAAGAGCGGCCGAGGGUGGUACCUGUACGACAAGCCCGGGGGCCGAGUUGCCACACCAGAUCCAGACAUCCAUAAGCUCCUGGAGGACUACCGCGUCCGGCACGGCAUCAGACCUCGUCAAAUUGGCAGCCAGGAGGUGUUGGAGCGAUGUCUUUUCGCCCUCAUCAACGAAGGCUUCCGUGUCCUGGAGGACGGCAUGGCCACGGGGCCUGAGGGCAUCGACAUGAUCUACGUGUUCGGGUACGGCUGGCCGCGGCACAGGGGUGGGCCCAUGUUCUACGCCGCGAUGGUGGGACUGCCCAGAGUGCUGGAGAGGCUGGAGUACUACCAGCAGGUCCACCCAGACGUGCCUCACCUGCAGCCCAGCUCGCUGCUACGCAGGCUGGUGGUGAAUGGCAGCCCUCCUCUCGACAAAUGGAGGGACUUCCUCCAGAGACCCCACAGUCAACUCUGAGGUGUUGGGUCUGAGGUCAUUUUAAUCAACCAAAUCCUUUGCACUACUAACAACAACGGCGCUUAACAUUCUCAGGCAUUGUGUCAGAAUUCAGGUGUGGUUUUGAAAAUAUCUAAUAACUUCAGGCAGAUUUUUUAAUUAUUUCUUUAAUUCGGUGACCAUGGUGGAGCAGCCAUAAUGUCACUGACUGAUGGUUGGUUGACCCAGAUUUGAUUCCUGCCGUUGAGAGUCUGUCGCUUUGAAUAAAAGUGUCUGCUAAAUAUCAGUCACCUGUAAUUCAGGCAUGCUUUCAGCCAUAAUUUACAUAAUUCUAAAUGUAAAUGCAAACACUGAAAUAAAACAUUUUUCAUACUGUU